AAAAUAUUUAAAAAAGUUGAGCAGAAUUUUUCUAAUAAAAAUGUCUGGAAGACAAGGAGGAAAAUUGAAACCAUUAAAAGAACCAAAGAAAAAAAAAAAAGAGCUAGACGAAGAAGAUCUUGCUUUUAAAAAGAAACAAAAUGACAACCUAAAGAAAGAACAAGAAGCCCGAAAAUUACUUUUGUCGAAAAAAAAAUGA